GGGGGGGUGCAGGGGUAAGUCGGUCACUAGGGGUGAAGUAUAGCCGUGCGGGACACUAGGGGUGAAGUAUAGCCGUGCGGGACACACACAACGUGGGUUUAGUCGUAGAGUAGGGGGGGUAAGUCGGUCACUAGGGGUGAAGUAUAGCCGUGCGGGACACACACAACGUGGGUUUAGUCAUAGAGUGUGGGGGGUAAUUCGGUCACUAGGGGUGAAGUAUAGCCGUGCGGGACACACACAACGUGGGUUUAGUCAUAGAGUGUGGGGGGUAAUUCGGUCACUAGGGGUGAAGUAUAGCCGUGCGGGACACACACAACGUGGGUUUAGUCAUAGAGUGUGGGGGGUAAUUCGGUCACUAGGGGUGAAGUAUAGCCGUGCGGGACACACACAACGUGGGUUUAGUCAUAGAGUGUGGGGGGUAAUUCGGUCACUAGGGGUGAAGUAUAGCCGUGCGGGACACACACAACGUGGGUUUAGUCGUAGAGUAGGGGGGGGUAAUUCGGUCACUAGGGGUGAAGUAUAGCCGUGCGGGACACUCAACGCCUGUCUGCAGCCAUGCUGCUGCUCCUGCUGCGACUUGCAAAGGCUCCACGCCGGCUGGGCCUGCAGGCCGCCACGUGCUCCCGGCGUCGCGAUGGCCUCUCAGCGCCGCCCCCCCCUCCUCUUCGCGACCUCGUCAUCGUCGUCAUCGUCGUCAUCAUCGUCGUCGUCGGAGCCGGGAGUCAAGUCUGUGCUGGGAGGAGAGGACGGGGGGCACUCCCUGCCCAGACUGCCCGUACCCCCCCUGCGCCAAACCCUGGAGCGAUACCUUAAGGCCCUGGAGCCGCUGGUGCCUCCUGAGGAGCUGGUGUACACGCACCGCGUCGUCGAGAAUUUCGGCAAAUCGGGCGGCCUGGGUGAGGUGCUGCAGGCUCGGCUGGAGCGCAAGGCUCAGCGCUCCGACAACUGGCUGCGGGAGUGGUGGAUGAAGACGACCUUCCUGGAGAAUCGCUGCUCGCUGGCCGUCCACUCCAACCCGGGCGUCGUGCUGCCCAGACAGGACUUCCAUGACACGCAGGGCCAGCUCAGGUUCGCGGCCAAGCUCAUCAGCGCGGUGCUGAGAUUCAAGGCCCUCGUCGAUGGCGAGACCCUGCAGGGGAACCUGCACCGGGGCCGCCCCCUCUGCAUGGACCAGUACCGCCGCAUCUUCUCGUCGUGCCGCGUGCCGGGCCCGCGCCACGACACCGUCGUCAACUACGCGCUCCAGCGCGGCGGCAACAAGCCGCAGCACAUCACCGUGGCGCACAACUACCAGUUCUUCCAGCUGGACGUCUACGACAGUCAAGGCGUGGUGCUGACCACCGAACAGCUGUACUGGCAGCUGGAGAAGAUCUGGAACCUGUCCAUCAAGACCACCAAGGAGCCCAUCGGCAUCCUCACCGCGGAGCACCGCAACCGCUGGGGCACCGGCCACGACAUUCUCAUUCGAGACAAGCUGAACCGCGAAUCGACGCGCGUCAUCCAGCAGAGCAUCUUCGCCGUGUGCCUGGACGCGCCGAUGCCGCCCACCACGGGCGAGGAGGACAUGCAGCUGAGCCGCAUGUCGGCGGAGAUCCUGCACGGGGGCGGCAGCCACGCCAACUCGGGCAACCGCUGGUUCGACAAGACGCUGCAGUUUGUGGUGGGCGAGGACGGCACAUGCGGGCUGCUGUAUGAGCGCGCCGUGGCCGAGGGCGUGCCCAUCAUGCGCAUUGCCGACUACGCAGUGGCCGACUGCCAGCAGCAGCAGUGGGAGGAGCCGCAGUCGAGCGCGACGAGCCUGGAGACGCCGCGGAAGCUCUACUUCAACAUCAGCUCGGACGUGAAGGACCUCAUCGAGUCGGCCAAGGUCCACCUGGACAUCCAGGUGGGCGACCUGGACAUCCGCUGCCUGAUCUACAGGAGGUUCGGCAAGGACUUCCUCAAGCAGCAGGGCCUCAGCCCGGACGCGUUCAUCCAGAUGGCGCUGCAGCUCGCAUACUACAGGCUGCACGGUGGAGUGUGCUCCACCAGCGAGAGCGCCACCACGCGGAUGUUCCACUUGGGCCGCACCGACAUCAUCCGCUCCACCUCCUCACACUCGCUGCGCUUCGUGCAGGCCUUCGACAACCCAGACACUCCGGACGCCGAGAAGCUGGCGCUGCUGAGGGCGGCGAUCCAGACGCACGUGGAGUCCACGGAGCAGGCUAUGAUGGGCCAGGCUAUAGACGCCCACCUGCUGGGCCUGAAGCUGCAGGCCAUCGAGGACGGCCACAGCGUGCCACAGCUCUACAUGGACACCUCCUACGCCAUCGCCACGCACUUCCGCCUCUUCACCAAGCAGGUCCCCGCGCACAUGGAGGCGGUGAUGUGCCAGGGGCCGGCGGUGCCCGACGGCUACGGCGUGUGCUACAACCCGCAGGCGGAGCGCGUCUCCAUCAGCGUGACGGCGCUGCACUGCUGCCGGCACACCCACGCCUCGGCGCUGGCCCUCGCCGUCGAGGCGGCGUUCGGCGACAUGCACGACGUGCUGCUGGCGCCCACGCCGGGCGCCGGCGGUGGCGCCGGCGGCGAGCGUCACUUGAAGAAGAAGAAGAAGAAGAAGGAGUAG